AUUGAAGUGUACAUAGUAUACUCAUUGAAGUGUACGUAGUAUACUUAUUGAAGUAUACUGUAGUGUGCUUUAUUGGAGACACGACUAUCAGCUGCUAGCAAGAAGAAACGUUAGCAUCACAUGGAUUUGCCAACCAAAGGAAAACCAGGAUAAAUGUUGUUUUGGAAGGAGCAUAAACGCUAAAGUGUGGGGCUGAUUUAAACGCUGACAAGACGUGCAGGAUGAAGGUGAAGGUGAAGAAAUGGAACGGGGUCGCGUCCUGGUUGUGGGUGGCUAAUGAUGAGAACUGUGGUAUCUGCAGACUGGCCUUUAAUGGCUGCUGUCCUGAAUGUAAGGUCCCUGGGGACGACUGUCCACUGGUCUGGGGUCAGUGUUCCCACUGUUUUCACAUGCACUGCAUCUUGAAGUGGCUCAACUCUCAGCAGGUCCAGCAGCAGUGUCCCAUGUGCAGGCAGGAGUGGAAGUUUAAAGAAUGAACACACCUGAUUGUUGGUAUGAUUGUAAAUAAGCUUUUUUUUCAUACCUGUACUUGACACAACUGAAAUGAAGCGGACGUCUAAGGCAUUGGUGUACAGUUCAUUUGAAAAAUAAGUUAUCCGAGCCAAAUAUGUGUUUGUACUGUACAGUAGAGGGCACUGCAGGCUGGGGUAAAUAAGCCAUUGGUCAACACAGGUGGUUGUCAGGUGUUGACCUGGCAAGUUUGGACUGAAUUUGGCAAAUUAUGGAGUUUUUUGACUUGCUGGAGCCAAAUAAAUUGUUGACGUUUUAUCAAAGAUGGCUCUUUGAAUUUAAUUUUCACAUGCCAAAUCAAGCACAAAAUGAACCGCUUGCAGAGGUGCUUGCUGAGUAAACCAGUGCUGUUGGGUAUUUGUCACCCCUUCCAGAAAAACUCAAGAAGCAUUUCGAGGUCACAUGGUUGCAACCCAUGUGCGCUACAUUUUCUGACGGCCAUUUUGUGUUCGACCCAAUGCAAUAGUGACUCGGUCGUUAAAAUAAUGCAUUUAGGCGUUGCCUCCUUGCAUUGUGACUCUCAAUGUGUAAAUGCUGAAAAAUAAUGAGGGAAAAUAAAUAAUUUAACUUAUUUUUUAUUAAAGAAGUGUACUAUCUUAAUGUCAGUCAAUUGCUAGCAUGCUAACUGUUAACGUGCGUGAAGUAACAAAAUAAUUAACUUUUUAGAAACUGUUUGCUGGCAUACGCCUCAGGGUCAAAUAUGUUGUUACUUGGUGCAUGUUAACUGUUAGAAUGCUAAUGUUA